UCUAAGAAAGGUGAGGGAUGUUCUCGACAUAUUGCUAACUUGACACUUCCUCUCUGUCCUCCAGGUGUCUACACGCUCGUUGCCUUGCACAGGUAACCAUGUCUCGCCCUCACCCUUCGCCGAUGACCUCGUACUGGCUCUCAUACCCAUCCGAGUUGUCCAAACACAGAACCACCGAGACAUUGCCGCAAGAAGUCGACGUCGCGAUCAUCGGGUCAGGCUACGUCGGCGCCGCGACCGCUCAUUCUUUGCUCGAGGACGAGGAAGAUAGACCAUCAGUCCUCAUCCUCGAAGCGCGAGACGCGUGCUCCGGCGCCACGGGGCGUAAUGGCGGCCAUUUAAAACCAGACGUAUACUUUAACGCGGCACUAUAUGAGAACACUUAUGGGCCAGAUGUCGCUGAGAGCCUUACAAAGUUUGAGACGGACCAGGUGUUUGAGGUGAAGAGGCUGGUCGAGAAAGAGGAGAUAGACUGCGACUUUGAGUUGACGAGGGGGAUUGAUGUUUUUACAGACCCCAAGGUCGCGGAGCCUACGGUCAAGGCGUACCGACGUAUGAAAGAGAGGGGGUACAAGUUUCCUGCGGAUCUACAUUUUGUUAGUGAUCCGAAGAAGGCGGAACGGGUGUCGGGGGUUAGGGGUGCGCUGUGCUGUUACUCGUAUACCGCGGGGACGGUGUGGCCUUAUAAACUUGUUAGCCAUUUGCUCAGACGGUGUUUGAGUUGGGGCGCGAAUUUGCAGACGAAUACGUCUGUCGUUAGCCUCGGCAGGAGUGGGAGUGGGUGGGUGGUGAAGACGGCUAGAGGCGAUGUUCGCGCGAAGAAAGUCGUCGUCGCGGCCAAUGCGUAUACGUCGAGUCUCCUACCUGAGUUUGCCGAGAAGAUUACGCCGGCACGGGGCGUGGCGUGUCGGAUUGCUGUGCCUGAGGCAGGGGAACAGCCGCCUACGCUGAAUAACAGUUAUUCGAUACGGUAUGGGCCUCAAGAGUAUGAUUACUUGAUUAGUCGGACGGACGGGAGUAUUGUCGUUGGAGGGGCGAAGCAGGCUGUGCUGUUGGAUGAUAAGUACUGGCGGGAUAAUGUGGAUGAUUCGAGUUUGAUUCCUGGCGCGGAGAAGUACUUUGAGGGAUAUAUGCAGCGGUUGUUCCAUGGGUGGGAGGAUUCGGGUGCGAAGGUCACGGAUAUUUGGACGGGCGUUAUGGGCUACUCGGCGGAUCUGAUGCCCUGGGUUGGAGAGGUUCCUGGACGGGAGGGCGUGUUUGUCGUCGCUGGGUUUACGGGGCAUGGGAUGCCACGGAUAUUGGGGUGCUCGAGGGCGGUGGCUGGUUUGGUGAGCGGGAAGGUGAAGGGUGUGGGUGAGAUGGAUGUGCCGAAGCCGUAUCACAUCACGGAGAAACGGUUCAGGGAGAACAGGAACGUGGCAAGGGAGUAUAUGGCGGGGGAGAGGCCGAAGCUGCAAUAAUAAUCAGGAGGGAUCUUCUUGUAUCUCAGCACCUCUCUCACCAGUCGUUCGUAUUUGGGCGGCAGACAUGUUGUCAGGGGGAAUUAUAUAUGUCCAGCAUGAACAGGACAAGUUGAUGGAGGCUCACGUAGCUGCCGAGUGCGCGACCGCCUCAAUGUUAUGUCCCGCAGGACUGAUGACGCAAGCACCGUAGUAAUUGGGAUGACACAUCGAUCUGACUCCC